AUGGUCUACACGCUCACCGUUCACCUGUACGCAAACGAUAAGCCGGAAUCAAUUGAGAGAAUCAAGGCCAAGCUCAUUGAGGCAGCACGAAUCUACAGAAAGGACAAGGAGACGGUCGAUUGGAUUGUGAUGCAGGAUGUCCACGAUCCUCGAGCCUUCACCAUUGUAGAGCGGUUCGAGAACGAGAGCAGCCAAAAAUAUCACCUUGAGAACCCGUACUGGUUGACCUUUGAUCCUUAUGUCGUACCUCUAUUGGACAGGAAGAUGGACCUCCGUAGACAUGAGGAGUUGGAUACCAGUAAGGAUGUGGAAGUGCCUCUAUAG